UGUAUUCUCAGUUUCUCCACGUAUAUCCCAUUUAGAGAGAGAUAGUUUGACCAAUUAAUGUCUAAAUGUAAGUUCUUAAUUUUUUUAAAAUGGUAUUUUCAUUUUUAUUCUGGCAGCAGCUAAGCUAAUGUUAGCUUAGCAUACUGAACGACAGGACGGGACGUUGUCACAGCGACGCUUUGACGGAGGCUGUGUUCAUGAUGGAGGUUAUGGAGAAGUUCCUCUGAUUGUAUGAAGAUGGCUGAGCUCCAGAGGAUGAUGAAGUUAGACACCGAGCAACCAGAACCAGCAGCGGAAAGACCAACUGGAAGAAAACCUGGGGAAUCUCCCCGACUCUCUGGCAUCCACCAGGUCAAACAGGAAGUAGUUACUGAGGAGAAGUGGAGUCUCAAACCAGACCAGGAGGAGCAGAAACCUCCAGAGAUUAAAGAAGAGCAGGAGGAGAAUGAGAUUACAGAGUUAACUUUCAGUCCUGUCCAUGUGAAGAAUGAAGAUGAUGAUGAAGACAAACCCCAGCUCUCUGAGCUUCCUCACUGUAAGACCGAAGAGCACAGAGCUUCUGUUGGACCAGAACCAGAUCAGUGCGUAGAAUCAGACAAUGAAGACAAUACUUCAGAUUCCUCAGAAACCGACAUCAGUGAUGGAAACUGGGAGGAAAGCAGCGACUUACUGGAUUCAAACUCUGUUAGAAGUGAUAAAGAUUCAGUGUAUGGUAAAUCAGGAAACGAUGAAUUUCACACCUGCGCAGAAUGUGGCGAAAAGUUCAGCCUCCAGAUUUAUUUAUUAAGACACCAGAGAAUCCACACAGGAGAAAAACCUUUCAGUUGCUCUUCUUGCCGGCAGGCUUUUAUAUUGAAACACGCCUUAAUGAAACAUGUGGAAACUCACAGUGACGACAAACCUUUCAGCUGCUCCAUCUGUGGCCAGAACUUCAGAAGGAAGGGAUGGUUAACUCAGCACAUGAGGAGACACACUGGAAGAAAACCUUACAGCUGUUCUAUCUGUGACUGUUCUUUUGUGUGCAAGCGUGAAUUAGCUGAGCACACAAGGACUCACAGAGGAGAGAAACCUUUCAGCUGCUCUGUCUGCAAGGCACCUUUUUCAAGUGAAAGAACGCUGAUGGUGCACUCAAAAAUCCACAGCGGACAGAAACCACACAGCUGCCCUUAUUGUCCGACAACUUUUAGAAGAAAAGACAGUUUGAAGCGACACUUAAAAACCCACAGUGGAGAGAAACCGUUCAGCUGCUCUAUCUGCAGCCAGAACUUCAGCGUCAAGGAGAGCCUGAGUCGGCACAUGAGGCGUCACACAGGAGAAAAACCUUACAAGUGUUCUGUCUGUGAGGCCCGCUUUCAGCUAAAGCAAACUUUAGUGGAGCACAUAAGAAUUCACACCGGGGAGAAACCGUUCAGCUGCUCUGUCUGUCAGGAAGCCUUCAGGAGAAAACAGGAUUUUGUGAACCACACAAAAAUUCACAGCAAGGCUACGUGUGAGUUCUGCGGCCAAAGCUUUGACAAAGCUGUUCGCUUGGCUCGGCACAUGAGAUUUCAUGACAGUGAGAGAGCUUUCAGAUGCUCCAUCUGCGCAGUGGCUUUCAUCAGGAAGAAUGCCUUAAUCCAACACAUGAGAACCCACUCAGAGGAGAGACCAUUCAGCUGCUCUGUGUGCAAGGCCACCUUCAAAAGGAAGGAUGGCUUGAAGCUGCACAUGAGGAUUCACACCAGAGAAAAACCAUACAGCUGCAAGGGCUGCAACAAGAAGUUCACCCAACUGUCCUGGUCCAAAACGCAUCAGAAACGAUGUUUAAGCUUACGCAGCAAGCUGAGCUGAUGUUGGCUUUCAAGCUACAGAUUAAUCAAGUUUCAUCAAAAUUUCUCAUCAUGACCUCUAACACAAAGUUUCUGCAGUAUGAAGGAGCAAUAAGACCAUGCUGAGACUAUUUUUAAUUUGAAAUAACAAAAGAACAAUGCCAGAAUUACAUUGUAUUUAUAUGAGAAUAAACUCAUAAUAAUAUGAAAAUUAAGUAGUAAUAUUAUGAUAAAUCUGACACGAAAAAUAAAAAG